CAUCAAUUAUCAUCAAUCAAGAUAAGAAAAGCACCUCGUUUAACUCUAUUGCAAUGCCUAAAUCAAAGAAUGGAUAUCAAGCUGUUGGCUAAAUUUUUCGAAGAGAGUUUGACGCUCGAAUGAAUUUAUCUUAUUUGACUAAAACCCUAGCAACCAUUUUUCUUGAAAUUGUAUUUAGCAAAAGCAUCUAAAAAUCUAACUCGAGUAUUUGACAAAUGAAAAAUAAAAGUUGUUUUGAUCAAACAAGGGGAAACUUGCAACCUUCAAUUCUGUAUAUUAAGACUUUCUCCGCAACCUUUAUUUCACACCCCACAUCACUCUCCAUUUGCAGUUUGGCUGAUCCAAAGCCUUGACUUUUUUAUGCAGCAAAUCUGGGAAGCCUACAAAGCAGUGGCUAAUGGUUUGAAAUCUCGAUGCCCAGAAUCCCAAAACUUCCAAAACCUUCACUUUUCUCCAAAACAAAGACAUAUAAUCCCGAGUUGCUUGUCAGCGUGCACUCAAACUCAAUCAGCUCAUCCCCAUCGCUUGCUGUGGUGCCCAGCCAUGAGCACAUUGCUAGGCUCAUUUUAGACCAAAAAACAGCGUCUCAAGCCCUCCAAACCUUCAGAUGGGCCUCAAAGCUUUCAGGUUUCACUCAUUCUCAAUCUACCUACCGCGCUUUGAUCCACAAGCUCUGUGCUUUCCGUCGUUUCGACAUUGUCAAGGAACUGCUUGACGAAAUGCCCAGCUCAAUCGGCUCGGCCCCGGAUGAAAAUAUUUUCCUCACGGUUAUCAGAGGGCUCGGGCGGGCCCGCAUGAUUCGGCAAGUGAUCAAAGUGCUUGAUUUGAUAUCGGGAUUUGAAAAGAUUCCGUCUUUGAAGGUUUACAAUUCGAUUCUCGAUGUUCUUGUCAAGGAGGACAUUGAUUUAGCCAGGAAGUUUUAUAGGGAAAAGAUGAUGAUGGAUGGCGUUAUAGGUGAUGAUUAUACUUACGGUAUUUUAAUGAAGGGCCUUUGCUUGACUAAUAGGAUUGGCGAUGGUUUUAAACUCUUGCAGGCUAUGAAGAGGCGUGAGGUGAUACCAAACACCGUGAUUUACAACACAUUGAUUCAUGCUCUUUGCAAGAAUGGGAAAGUUGGGAGAGCAAGGAGCUUAGUGAACGAAAUGGAGGCUCCCAAUGAUGUUACUUUCAACAUUUUGAUAUGUGCUUACUGUAAAGAAAACAAUUUGGUUCAGGCUCUAGUGUUGGUAGAUAAGAGUUUCAACAUGGGUUUUGUCCCGGAUAUGGUUGCAGCGACUAAAGUGGUCGAAGUUCUCUGCAAUGGAGGUCGUCUUACAGAGGCACUUGAAAUUCUAGAAAGACUGGAAAGCAAGGGAGUUGUGGUGGAUGUGGUAGCUUAUAACACCUUGAUAAAGGGUUAUUGUAGAGUGGGGAAGGUGAAAGUUGGAUACAGCUUCUUGAAAGAAAUGGAGAGAAAGGGCUGUUUGCCAAAUGCGGACACAUUCAAUAUAUUGAUCUCUGGGUUUUGUGAAUGUGGAAUGUUGGAUUCCGCAUUAGAUAUAUUCGAUGAUAUGAAAACGGAAGGGAUUAGUUGGAAUUUCACUACAUUUGACACACUAAUCAGAGGUUUGUUUUCUGGGGGAAGAAUAGAAGAUGGGUUUAAGAUAUUAGAACUUAUGGAGGAUACAAAAGGCGGUUCUCAGGGUCGUAUUAGUCCUUAUAACAGUGUAUUAUAUGGUUUGUAUAAGGAAAAUCAUUUGCAGGAAGCAAUGGAGUUUUUAGCCAAUAUGAGGAAACUAUUUCCUAGAGCUGUUGACAGGAGCUUGAAGUUAUUCAGUUUCUGCAAGGAAGGCAGAAUUGCGGAUGCAGAGAGAGCGUAUGAACAGAUGACUGGAGAAGGAGGAAUCCCAAAUGCCCUUGUCUAUGAUUGCUUGAUCCGUGGAUAUUGCCGGGCAAUGUGUAUGCAGAAAGUGUUUGAGUUAAUGAAUGACAUGAUUGGUCUUGGUUAUUUUCCUGUUGGAUCAACUUUUAAUGCUGUAAUUAGUGAGUUUUGCAAUCAAGGAAAAGUUGGGAGUGCUUUGAAGCUCAUGGAGGACAUGGGUAUGAGGGGUUGCAAGCCUGAUACAGGAAGUUACAAUCCACUUAUUGAUUGUCUUUGUAGGGAAGGACAUUUUCAAAGGGCUUUACAUCUGUUUCAACAGAUGAUAGGAAAGGGUCUGGUACCUGAUUAUUUGACAUGGAAUUCUCUUAUGCUUUGUCUCGGUCAAGAAAGAAACUGGGUAGAGAGUAAGAAUGUUCUCUUCUGAGACAUGAUAAUCGGAUGCAAGUGGACUGAGUCAAAUCCUAGCCUGAUUGUAACUUAAUGAAUAAUGAGUGUGCCAACAUUCUUGCUUGACAGACUUGGUUGGAAAUCAAGCGAACCAACAUCUGGUAGGCCGG